AGCGCGGGCGCCUUCAAAAGUGCGGACGGAGCGCAGGGAGCCGCGCGGAGCCCCGGAGCAGCAGCGUGAGCCAUGAAGACGAAGGUGUUCCUCGGCCUCAUCCUCAGCACGGCGGUGACCGCCUGCCUGUGCCGGCCGGCAGCGAAGGUCCCGGGAGGCUCCCACCGCCCCCCCUCCAGCCCGGCCCGGCGGGAUUGGCCCGAGCCCCCGGCCCAGGAGCAGCAGCAGCGCUUCAUCUCCCGCUUCCUGCCCCACGUCUUCGCAGAGCUGAGCGACCGCAAAGGCUUCGUGCAGGGGAACGGGGCGGUAGAGGCCCUGCACGACCACUUCUACCCCGACUGGAUGGACUUCGGCCGCCGGAGCGCCGAGGAUGCGGCCGAUGCUGCGUAGCCCCGCGCGGAG